AUGAAUUUCUCCAAAAGCAUCCAUGUGGUCGGCGCUCACUGCGAAGGGGAGAUAGGCGAGGUGAUUGUUGGAGGUGUUCCAGAUGUCCCGGGCAAGACCAUGCACGAGAAAAUGAUGCAUUUCUGGCAAAAGCAAGACGACCUCCGACUUUUCAUGCUCAAUGAACCUCGCGGCAAGCCAUCCAAGAACGUCAAUAUCAUUAUGCCACCUUGCGACCCAGCAGCUGAUGCCGGGCUACUCAUUAUGGAAAGCGAAGAAUGGUGCGCGAUGUCCGGCUCCAACACUAUCUGCACUACCACCGUGCUGUUGGAAACGGGGAUCCUGCCGAUGACGGAGCCUGUGACGACGGUUAAACUUGAUACGCCUGCUGGUCUGGUGGAGGUAAUUGCAGAGUGCAAGGAAGGGAAAUGUGAAAGCGUAUCUUUCGACAAUGUUCCAUCGUUUGUUUUUCAUCUGGAUUAUGACAUCGAUGUCCCUGGAAUUGGACCUCUCAAGGCGGAUAUAGCAUGGGGAGGGACGAUUGCUGCCAUCGUCGAUCUGUCUCAAAUGAACGCCACGAUUGAGAACACGAAUGGUGCCAAACUAGUCGAAUUAGGAGAGCGCAUCAAACAUGCUGCGCGGGAGCAAGUUCGUCCUGUGCCAACUCAUCCGGAAAACCCUCUUAUAUCGGGCAUCUCGCAUGUCAUAUUCUCCGGGGAAUUGAGGACGGAGCCUGUCGGGAAAAGCUCCAAAGCUGCCACAAUUGUCUCACCGGGUCGAUUGGACCGCAGCCCUUGUGGUACUGGGACGAGUGCUCGUCUUGCCGUUCUUCAAGCGAGAGGCCUGUUAGAUGUCAAAGAGCAGUUUCGCCAUAUUAGCCCUCUGGGGACAGAGUUCGCGAGCUAUAUUCGUGGCACGACUACUGUGGGAGAUUAUCAAGCCGUUCUUCCAACUAUAAAAGGGAGAGCAUGGAUUACGAGCUUUAAACAGGUGGUACUUGAUCCGAGUGAUCCGUUUCCAACUGGCUUUAGGUCUUCGGACUUGUGGAAUGUUGAAUCACAGAAUAGUGGUAUUUAUAAAAAUUGA